AUGGCCUCCAUGGGGCUGCAGGUGCUGGGCAUUGCCCUCUCUGUCAUCGGCUGGCUGGCCUCCAUCCUCUGCUGUGCGUUGCCCAUGUGGCGGGAGACGGCCUUCAUCGGCAACAACAUCGUGGUGGCCCAGAUCAUCUGGGAAGGGCUGUGGAUGAACUGCGUGGUGCAGAGCACGGGGCAGAUGCAGUGCAAGGUCUACGACUCCGUGCUGGCCCUGCCGCAGGACCUGCAAGCCGCCCGUGCCAUGGUGGUAGUGGCCAUCAUCUUGGCCAUCCUGGGCACCCUGCUUGCUGUCACUGGCGGCAAGUGCACCAACUGUGUGGAGGACGACACCGCCAAAGCCAAGGUCAUGAUCCUCUCUGGCAUCAUCUUCAUUGUCGCCGGCACCCUCAUCCUCAUCCCCAUCUCUUGGUCAGCCAACACCAUCAUCCAGGAUUUCUACAACCCACUGGUCACCAACUCCCAGAAGCGGGACCUGGGGUCAUCCCUCUACGUGGGCUGGGUGGCCUCCGCACUCCUGCUGCUUGGGGGGGUGAUCCUCUGCUGCACCUGCCCACCCCGGGCUGAGAAGCCCUACGCUGCCAAGUUCACGGCUGCUCGCUCACUGCCAGACAGCAACUACGUCUAG